AUGGGUCAGUGCUUAUGGAUUCUCGUAUCUGGUGUCUUUGUUUGGGGAAGACCAGCCACUUUUGAGCAAGACUUUCAUGUGACAUGGUCUGAGUCCCAUAUCAAGCAAAUUGACCAAGGCAGGACAAUCCAACUCAUCCUAGAUCAAGACUCUGGUUGCGGGUUUGCUUCUAAGGUGAAGUACUUGUUUGGCCGUGUUAGCAUGAAGAUCAAACUUGUUCCCAGAGAUUCUGCAGGCACAGUAACUGCAUUUUAUUUGCCAAAUGAUGAAUAUUUUAUGCACGGUAGAGUUACCGACACAAUUGAUGUAUAUGCUUUUGGUGUUGUACUCCUUGAGCUUCUAUCCAAUAGGAAACCCAUUAACAAUGAAUCUCCAAAGGGCCAGGAGAGCCUUGUUAUGUGGGCAACAUCAAUCUUGAAAAGUGGGAAGAUUUCCCAGUUGCUUGACCCAAGCCUUGGCAGUGAAUACAACGAUUGUCAGAUCAAGAGAAUGGUUUUAGCUGCUGCUCUUUGUAUUAGACGGGUUCCUAGAUUGCGACCUCAAAUCCGAGUUAUACUGAAACUUCUUCACGGUGAUGCAAAUGGUUGAAAAGGAUAAAGACAUAGAAAUGUUGCCAAAACAAAAGGCAAAGAAG